GCGCUGGGGGCGGGUCUGGGCGGCGCCCGCUACUCUCUGUCUCCUGCUCCGGGCGCUGUCUGCAGCUGCUCUCGCCGCGGGUGGUUUGCGGGGAUUUCCAGAUUCAGUGAAACAAUCAUAUCAUGGCAUCAGUUUGGGUUGGAACCAGAGGAACCAUUCGUGAUUACACAGGAUUUAAUGCUUCCAAGGAUGCCGAAACUGUUCGGAAGGCAAUCAAAGGAAUUGGGACGGAUGAGAAAACACUCAUCGACAUCCUUGCUGAGAGAUCAAAUGCUCAGCGGCAGCUGAUUGCUAAGGAGUACAGGGCAGCUUCAGGAAAGGACCUGAAAGAUGACUUGAAGAGUGAUCUCUCGGGCAAUCUGGAGCGUGUUAUGGUUGCACUUGUAACACCACCAGCUGUGUUCGAUGCUAAACAGCUUAAGAAAUCCAUGAAAGGUAGUGGAACUAAUGAAAAGGCACUGAUAGAAAUCCUAGCCUCCAGGACCAGUAAGCAAAUGAAAGAGGUAUCCCAGGCAUACUAUACAGUAUAUAAGAAGAGUCUUGGGGAUGACCUCAGUUCUGACACCUCUGGUGACUUCAGAAAAGCCCUAUUAACUCUGGCAGAUGGCAGAAGAGAUGAAAAUGUAAAAGUGGAUGAACAUCUUGCAAAGAAGGAUGCACAGGUUCUCUAUAACGCUGGGGAGAAGAAGUGGGGUACAGACGAAGAUAAGUUCACUGAAAUUCUGUGCCUCAGGAGCAUAGCUCAACUAAAAUUAACAUUUGAUGAAUACAGGAACAUCAGCAAGAAGACCCUUGAAGAAAGUAUACAGGGCGAAAUGUCAGGGCAUUUUGAGGAUUUACUCUUAGCCAUUGUUCAGUGUGUGAAUAACACUCCUGCAUUCUUUGCUGAAAGGCUGCACCAAUCUUUGAAGGGUGCUGGAACUGAUGAGUUCACUCUUAAUAGAAUCAUGGUUUCCAGAUCAGAAAUUGACCUGUUGGAUAUUCGAGCUGAAUAUAAGAAGCAUUAUGGCUGCUCCUUGUACUCUGCUAUAAAAUCUGAUACCUCUGGGGACUACGAGACCACACUACUGAGGAUCUGUGGAGGGGAUGACUGAAAGUAAAUUCAUAAGGGCACAGUGCUAUUGCUUUUCUGCUACCUACAGUAAUGCUUCUUGUGAAGCUUUUUAAACAUUUUUAAGCAAUUGUAAAACUGCAACAUGCUGAUUGCUUUCUCAUCAACUAUCCUAAUAAACAGAUGUAUGUUUUA